CGGAGCUGGAAUGCACAGCCUCUCAUCAGUCAGGAGAGAGUAACCCAGCCUUGGUUAUAGAGUCAUGCCUGAAACCACAUCUGCGAGAUCCCUGGUCCAGUGCUCCCUCCUCCUGACUGCCCUGCUUGGCCCAGCCCCAUCCCAGGGCGUAGGAUCCGGUGCUCUGGACCGAGGACCCGCCUCAGUGCAAGAGUCUGCAGGCUGCCCACUCCCAUAGCCCCUGCCCCCAGAGGAAGCUCCCAAGAGUAAACACAGCCUCAUCUUCCCGCCCACCGGGGUGUACCACAUUCCACACCGGCCGGAUUUCCAGUCACAAGGCUCUCUCCCUCUGCUACAGCCUGGUUUUCCUGAGGAUGAGGGAGUCUCACCCCUGGGGGAGAGGCGUGGGGGCAGUUCUCACUUCUGCCUUCUUUCUCCUGGGCUGCUGGGGUCUCUCUGAUUUCCAGCAGCAAUUUCUUCAGGCUUUGGAGCCAGAGGAAGUGACUUCUUAUUUUGGCCCUGAAGCUACUUUAAAAGUGCCUCCAUUCGAUGUGGCCCCUCUCAGCUGCAUCUGUGAAGAGGGGCCCCAGGGGCCACCCUGCAGGGCCCCACGCUGCUCCCUGCACGCCUGGGGCCGGCUCUUCACCAUCUCUUUCCCGCUGGAGCAGAGCCUCCUUACCGCCUCCUUCACCAGCGAGCACGUGCUGAAUGCCUCCCUCCGGCUCCUGAGGCGGCCACCCCAUCUCUGCUUCACGGGAGGCCGCCCCCUGCUGCCCCUGGGCGCUGUGGCCAGAGUCACUUACUGCUCGGGCCACUUGGAGGGCAACAUCCUGGUGGGUGCGGACAGGUUCUACGUUCAGCCGGUGAGGAGGCGGCACCAGGAACUUGUGCCUCCCUGGGUUCGUUCCCAGCCCCACCUGAUCCACAGGCCUGUACCCAAGGCCCCCACAGCCCCCAAGGCCCCAGAAGUCAUCCAAGAACCUUUGCUGUCAGCCCUGCCUCCUCCCUCAGCAGGCCGUCCUCCUUACCCUCGCGUCCGGAGAUGGGCUGCCGGGAGUGUCCUGCAUCUGGAGUUGCUGGUGGCCGUGGGCCCCGACGUCUAUCAGGCUCACCAGGAGGACACUGAGCGCUACGUGCUCACUAACCUCAACAUGGGGUCAGAGCUGCUGAGGGACCCGUCCCUGGGGGCUCAGUUCCGAGUACAUCUAGUGAAGAUGGUCAUCCUGACCCAGCCUGAGGAUGCUCCGAAUAUCACAGCCAACAUCACUGCGUCGCUGCUGAGUGUCUGUGAGUGGAGCAGGACCAUCAACCCCGAGGAUAACACAGAGCCCGGGCAUGCCGACCUGGUCCUCUAUAUCACCAGGUUUGACCUGGAGUUACCUGAUGGUAACCGGCAGGUUCGGGGGGUCACCCAGCUGGGGGGUGCUUGCUCGUCCUCCUGGAGCUGCCUCAUCACUGAGGAUACUGGCUUUGACCUGGGGGUCACCAUCGCCCAUGAGAUUGGGCACAGCUUGGGCGUGGAGCACGACGGUGCGCCCGGCAGCGGCUGCGGGCCCAGCGGCCACGUGAUGGCGUCCCAGGACGCAGCGCCCGCCCGGACCGACCUCUCGUGGUCCGCCUGCAGCCGCCGGCAACUGCUGCACCUGCUCAGCGCAGGACGGGCGCACUGCAUGCGGGACCCGCCAGAGCCGCAGGCCAGGGCCGCGGGGCGCCCUCCGCAGGCGCAGCCCGGCCUCCUCUACGGCGCCGACGAGCAGUGCCGGGUUGCCUUUGGUGCUGCGGCCGUGGCCUGCACCUUCACCAGGGAGCACCUCGACAUGUGCCAGGCUCUGUCCUGCCACACGGACCCCCUGGACCAAAGCCGCUGUAGCCGUCUCCUCAUUCCUCUCCUGGAUGGGACAGAGUGCGGCGUGCAGAAGUGGUGUUCCAAGGGUCACUGCCGCUCCCUGGCGGAGCUGAGCCCCGUGGGGGUGGUGCACGGGCACUGGUCUAGCUGGGGCCCCCCCAGCCCUUGCUCCCGCUCCUGCGGAGGAGGUGUGGUCACCCGGAGGCGGCAGUGCAAGAACCCCAGGCCUGCCUUCGGAGGGCGUGCGUGUGUGGGCGCUGACCUCCAGGCUGAGAUGUGCAACACGCAGGCCUGUGAGAAGACCCAGCUGGAGUUCAUGUCCGAGCAGUGCUCCCAGACGGACAGGAAACCGCUACACCUCUCCCUGGGCAACGCCUCCUUCUACCGCUGGGGCUCCGCGGAGCAGUACAGUCAAGGGGACGCUCUGUGCAGACACAUGUGCCGGGCCAUUGGCGAGACCUUCAUUGUGAGGCGUGGGGACAGUUUCCUGGAUGGGACCCGGUGUGUGCCAAGUGGUCGGCGGGAGGACGGGACCCUGAGCCUGUGCGUGUUGGGCAGCUGCAGGACAUUCGGCUGUGACGGCAGGAUGGACUCCCCGCGGGUGCGAGACGUGUGUCAGGUGUGCGGAGGGGACAACGGCACGUGCAGCCCACGGAAUGGCUCUUUCACGGGCGGGAGGGCCAGAGAGUAUGUCACGUUCCUGACCGUGACCCGCAACCUGACCAGCGUACACAUCACCAACCGGAGGCCUCUCUUCACACACCUGGCAGUGCGGAUCCGAGGGCGCUACGUCGUGGCUGGGAAUUCCAGCAUCUCUCCCAGCACCACCUACCCCUCCCUCUUGGAGGACAGCCGUGUGGAGUACAGAGUGGCCCUCACCGAGGACCGGCUGCCUCAGCUGGAGGAGAUCCGCAUCCUGGGACCCACCCAGGACGACGUGGAGAUCCAGGUUUACAGGCGCUACGGGGAGGAGUAUGGUGACCUCGCGCGCCCAGACAUCACCUUCACCUACCUCCAGCCUCAGCAGCCACAGGCCUGGGCAUGGGCCGCUGUGCGGGGGUCCUGCUCGGUGAGCUGUGGGGCAGGGCUGCGCUGGGUGACCUACAGCUGUCUGGACCAGGCCAGGAACGAGUGGGUGGAGGCCGCCCGGUGUGAAGGGAGCCAGCAGCCGGCAGCGUGGCCAGAGUCCUGCGCCCCCUGGCCCUGCCCCCCACAGCAGGAGGGAUCAGAUGCAUGCUCAUCAGCCUGUGGAACAGACCCGGCUUCACAGAAUAGGACGUGUGUGCACGGGGCAGAGGGCCUGGGGGCACUGGCCACCGCUGGGCCGUGCUCCACAGAUGAGAAGCUGCCUGUCCUCGAGCCCUGUGUGGCCAUGGGAUGUCCUUCAGUACCGGGCCACCCAGAACCCCAGUCUCUGGAGGAGGAGGCCACAUCCCCACCGGGCAGUGCCAGGCUGGGGGCUCACGCCGAACACAUGUGGACUCCCCUGGCGGGGCCGUGCUCUGCCUCCUGUGGUCGAGGCCUGAUGGAGCUGCGCUUUGUGUGUGUGGACUCUACCCUGGGGACCCCUGUCCAGGAAGAGCUAUGUGACCUGGAGAGCAAGCCUGGGAGCCGGCGGGAGGCCUGCCAGGCUGCCCCUUGCCCAGCUUGGUGGUGGCACGAGCUGGCGGAGUGCAGAGUGAGCUGGGGAGGGUUUGUGCAGAGGAUGCUGUAUUGUGCACUGGCCCAUGGGGAGGACAAGGACGAGGAGGUCCUGCCGGAUACGUGUCAGGGGCUGCCUGGCCCGGAGCAGCAGGAGGCCUGCAGCCCAGAGCUCUGCCCGCCCAGGUGGAAAAUCAUGUCCCUUGGCCCAUGCUCAGCCAGCUGUGGCCUUGGCACGGCCACCCGCUCCGUGGCCUGUGUGCAGCUCAGCCAAGGCCAGGACGUGGAGGUGGAUGGGGCAGCCUGUGCGGCUCUGGUCCGGCCUCAGGCCAGCAUCCCCUGCAUCAUCGCCGACUGCACCUACCGGUGGCAUGUCAGCACCUGGACGCAGUGCUCUGUCUCCUGCGGAGAUGGCAUCCAGCGCCGGCAUCACGCCUGCCUUGGACCCCAGGCCCAGGCACCCGUGCCGGCCGCCUUCUGCCAGCAUUUGCCCCAGCCAGCCACGGUGCGGGGCUGCUGGGCCGGGCCCUGCGCCGGGCAGGGGACUCCCAGUCUGGUGCCCCAUGACGAAGCCACUGCUCCAGAACAGACCACUGCUGGUGCUCCUCCGGAGUGGCCCCAGCACCGGGCCCACCUCCUCUCCCCAGCCCCCCGGCGUCAGGGGCUUCUGCCUGGGCCCCAGGAGAGCCCCGCUGAGUCCAGUGCCUGUGGCCGGCAGCACCUUGAGCCGACAGGAACCAUUGACAUGCGAGGCCCAGGGCAGACUGACUGUGCGGUGGCCAUCGGGCGGCCCCUGGGUGAGAUGGUGACCCUGCACGUCCUUGAGAGCUCCCUCAGCUGCAGUGCUGGGGACAUGUUGCUGCUUUGGGACAGGCUCACGUGGAGGAAGACAUGCGAGAAGCUGUCUGGCAUGACUUUCAGCUCCAAAACGAACACGCUGGUGGUGAGGCAGCGCCGUGUGCGGCCGGAAGGCGGGGUUGUGCUGCGGUAUGGGAGCCAGCCUGCCCCGGGAACCCCCCCCAGAGACUGUGACGUGCAGCUCUUUGGACCCUGGGGUGAAAUCGUGAGCCCCUCGAUGAGUCCCGAUGGGAGCAACUCGGGGGGCUGCCGCAUCUUCAUUAACGUGGCCCCACAGGCCCGGAUUGCCAUCCAUGCCCUGGCCACUGAUGUGGGCACGGGAACUGGUACCAGCUACGUCUCGAUCCGGGACAUCCACAGCCUGAAGACGAUGACAUUUCACGGGCAGCAGGCACUCUACUGGGAGUCAGAGGGAAGCCAGGCUGAGAUGGAGUUUAGCCAGGGCUUCCUGGAGGCCCAUGCCAGCCUACGGGGCCAGUACUGGACCCUCCAAUCUAGAGUUCAGGAGCCUGGCUGGGCCGUGCCCUAGCUUCUUCUCCAAGCACAUACCUCCAGGGACCUGUGGGCACAGUGGGAUGCCUCCUCCAGAUACUGGAAGAGAAAAGAAGGAGCCUGACAUUUAUGAGCACCUGUUAGGGGCCCCGCAAGCCCCAGAGGGCUGACUCUGGUCUCUCAGUGCUUUCCAGUUUGGAUUCCCUCCAAUCUUAAGUAUCUCCUUUAGGACUUCCUACAACAUGCAAAAGGCUAGGCGGUGGAAAGUAGGGACUGGACUCUCUGGAAAGGCAGUCUCCAGCCUCUCUGUACCAAUAAACGGAAUGUGCAGUCUGA